CGUUCUCUCAAUAAUUACAAAAAAAAAGAAGCAUCGGGAAAUACUUGAAGCGUCGGAAAGAGUAGCAGCGAGUGGUUGUAAAGUUUUGUAUUGGCAACUGCAGUUUGGUAGAUCCUAUAGUAAAUACUUUUUUUUUAUCGCCGGUCAUAAUCUGCAUUACAAGCAAGUGAACAUUCUGAGUAUCAGCAUUGAUUUUUUUUCUCUACAUGCAAAUGUAAAAUAUUAAAAAGAUACUAUCUGUCAAUAUUACUUGUGCAUUAUUUACAAUCACAUAAUUUAGAGUACAUCACAUUUGUUGAACGCUGGAACAAUUGUGUUUGAAGAGUAUAUAGGUGUACUAACCACCUAAUUAUUAUACACCACUGACUCAAUACACGCUACGUUUUAAAUCGUUGGUUAAACAUUUUUUUAUCUACUAAUAAAGUAGUUCUUGGACUACAUAGUGCAUCAAAAUGGAAGAUGCAGAUACUAUUGUUAUUGAUGAUACUAAUAUGAAAAUAUUGGAUGACUGUGUAAGCGAAGAGGAUGAUGAUGUUAUACCAUUAAAUGACAAUGGUAAUGAUAAAGAUGAUAAUAAGGGUGAUGCAAAUGAAGAUGUUCAGAACAAAGAGGGUGAUGACGCGGAGAAUGAUAAUGAAAAACAGUCGAAAAACGAUGAGGAUAAAAAUAAAUCAAAUAAAGAAGUCGAAAUUAUUGAUAGUACUGGAGAAACUGAUCCCAUGGAAAAUCAGCCGAAUAAUAAAGAAGACGAUGAUGCUCCGGUUAUUGUCAUAGAUGUCCAGGAAAAAAUUCAGACUGAUGGCGAAGAGGACGAAGAUGAAAUUGACUUCACUGCUGAUGUUAAUCUUGAUCAGCUCAGUGAACUUGAUAGUGUGCGUAAUACUACGCAAUUGGAGAAUAUUAAUAAAGAAAAUGAAGGCUCUGAUAUUGUUAUUUUGAAAGAUUCACGUUCUGGUCCUAAAAAUCAAGAGGAAAAAACUGGUCCCGAGUGGUAUGAAACCAAGCUCGAAGAAAAAAUGACCACUGCUAAAGAACGUUUAUCAAAACUAUCUAAAGUUUUGAAAAAUUCUUAUGAUUGUUAUAAAGAUUAUUUAGAAAGAAUUGAGGCUGCUUCUGGAUCACCAGUUUGUCGAGUAAUUAAUCCAUGGCGUUGCCCUUUGGAUCGUCCCCAUAUUAAUCGAUGGAAAUUUGCUUGCACCAAAAAACCUGUAGAAGAGAAUCUGUCCGGCGAAUCAAAUAAGGAGGAUGACAAGAUUGAUCGUGAUCAUCGUGAUGAUAAUAAAGAAGGUGAUGGUGAUGGUGGCGGUGACGGUGGUGAUGAUACCGUUAACAAGAAAAUAGAAACUGUUUGGCGAUUGGAGCCGUGCGACGGUGGAUCGACUGCGAAUGCUAAUAAUGGCUUCCAAACGAUCCCAGAUUUUGUAAUGCGUGCUGUCAAGGUGUUUGAAGAAUUUAUUAACUCGACAAAUGAAGAUGCAGAAACAAAUGAUAAAAAUGAUGAAGUUCAAGAGAUCAAAACAUCCGAGAAAAAACAAGAAGAAGAUAAAGAAAAAACGGCAGAAGCAACUGAGAAAAAGAAUGACGAACCAGCUGAAAACACCGAGUGUUCAUCAGAAAACUUACCUACUGAAAAUGUAGACCAGUGGAUGUGGUUAUUGGUCCGUAGUAACAGUAAAGAUGAGCUGAUGUUGUUCGCUGCUGGUAGAGCUAUCUCUGGAGACACCAUGGAAAAAUUGAAAAAAUUGUUUGAGUCAGGAAAAGGCAAUGAGUGCAAUAUCAAGUCACUUUACUGUAAAUCAUUACUGAAAGUUAAUAAUGUCCAAACUGCCAACACAACAUUUUUGGUAGGAACUGAGGCAUUAGAUGAAACAGUUGGUGAUUUAAAAAUACAGUUAGCUCCAAAAACAAACUUCUGGUUAAAUACUGAUGGCGCGGAACAAUUAGCUAAAGCUGUUGAAUUUUUAUUGUUUCCUAAUCCCACUAUUACUGUACUUGAUAUCGGUUGCGGUCUCGGUUUAAUUGGACUUAUGAUGGCAUCUAAAUGUAAAAAUGUAAUUGGAUUAGAUGUUUCAACAGAAAUUGAAGAAGCUGAAAUGACAUGUGAAUUGAAUAAAAUAAACAAUGCUUCAUACAUAACCGGUAAUUCAAACGAAAUGUUGGCAACUUUAGCUAAGAAAUUAACAGGUUGUCGAGCAUCAGCUGUUGUUAAUGCCAGUACUAAUAUUGGUCGCAAUAUUGAAAUAAUGAAAGGACUUCGGAAACUUCCUAAUGUCCGUCGAGUAGUUAUCGUAACAACACUAACAAAACAGUCAGCUCGUUCAAUACUUGAGUUGAUUCAACCCGCUACAGAUGCUUUAGGUGAUCCAUUCAUACCCACGCGUGCUGUUGUAGUCGAUACUCUUGCUACUGGGCCGCAAUUUGAAGUUGUAAUUAGAAUGGAACGUCGUACAAUGCGCCGUGUAUUGAAUUCAUUUUUACCUAAAAAUCCAUCGUUAGUUAAAAAUAAUAAUACCAAUAAUCAACCAUCUAAAAACAAUAAUCAAAAAGCAUCAACGCAAAAAAGUAGCUCACAGAAAGAUAACACGAAAAAAGGACCUACGAAAGAAAUUUCUCCAAAAGAAAGUUCUCAGAAAUCUAAUAUUCCACCAUCGAAAUUAUCAAGAAAUCCUCGUAGAAGAUUUUUAGCAAAUCAGCGAGCGCAUCUUGCGGACCGAGUAGCUGUAUCUUCUUCUCGAGGAUCUCCUAAAAAGUUGGUUAAAAAUCCUUUCUUCGAUAAGCCUCCGAGAAAAUCUUGGCACGCUGAAAAACUACCUUCGCCGUCUGUAUCGCGACCUUCAUUGGACUCUAAGGUACUUAAAACUACUCCACUACGCAAUCGUCGACCACGCAAUCGUAGAUCAGAGCCCAUUAUUGAGUCUAAAAGUUCACCGAGACGAAAGCGUGAAUGGGAAAAUGAUGGGUCGCGUUCUGGGCGAAGUGGACCUCCCGAAAAAAGAGGGCGUGAUCAAGAUGAUGAUUUGCGUUUCAGAUUGUCAGGUAAUCGCUCUACUGAGCCUGAUCUACUGCAGAAGAUGAGAGAUCAGCAACGUAUGCUUGAAGUUGCCAGAGUUAAGUUGACUACAUCAGCUGAGGAUGUGCGUGGAUCGACAGCUCAGCAGAUUCAGGAUAUUCUUAACUUGGCGAUAGAGCAUACUAAUCAGGUUCAAAGUCAGUUGAGACGCUCUGUCUGGGAACGUAUUGCACCACCUGAUAAUGUACGUCGAGAUUUGCCCCAAAAUGAAGAUGUUGUUUUCAGAGGACGUCAGGUUAAAGAAAUUGGACAGCAGGAUAUUAUAAUAACAACUCCAAAUCGUGAAUUCUUAUCGACAAAUGAAAUGUCACGUCCGAAUUAUUUGCCAGGAGAAUCUAAUCAGAUGAUGCAAAACGAUUACAUGCCAGAACAAAAUCAAUUAUCAUCUCGUUACGACAAUGAUGUUGUUCAUCCGCGUGAUGAUCGUAAUGAUUCCUGGUCACGAGGUAACAGUCGCAAAGAAGGGUUACCACUUUCACGAAGAAAUUUAUCACCACGUCGUGAUAAUCGUCGUGACAGUCGUAGAUCUCCACCAAGACGAUCAAUGCACUCGCCACCAAAAAGACAAUUAUCACCACCUAGAAGAGCUAUUUCUCCACACAGACGUCAAAUUUCACCACCCAGACGUCAAAUGUCUCCACAACGACGCCUUAUAUCACCUCAGAGACGUCCAAUGUCGCCACCGAGAAGAUUACUUUCUCCUCCAAGGCAGCAACUGUCGCCGCCUGGAAGAUACUUUUCUCAAUAUGACAUUCAACAGCAUCGUCAAAUGUCACCACCGAGACAUUUUUCACCUCCACGACGUCUUGUUUCUCCUCCGAGACAUCGUCCCAUGUCACCACCACGUCGACAGUCUCCACCUAGGCGUCAAUCAUCUCCCAUGCGAAUUCCCGGCGAUGAUUGGGAUAUUCCAAGCCGAGGCGCUUCUCAGCAGCAUCCUCACUGGCAACAAUCACUCGACAAUCGCUCGGCUGGUCCAAGAUUCGAUCCAUUACCACCACCUUUGAUGAGUAAGAAUACACAAAUGAAUAUUGGAAAUGGUAAUAAUCGAAUGAGUGGCGGUGGUGAUGCUUGGAACAGUAACAACAUGGGAAAUAUUACUCCUGAAAAUCGAUUUGGUGGACAAAGUAAUGACUGGAACCCACGGGAUAAUGAAAUAUUCAAUCACCGUGCUGGUAAUUGGGGUGAUGGUAAUAAGAGAGCUCAAAAGUCACAGAUUAAUAGUUCAUGGAAUGCUAAUGAUAAAGAUGAUUGGAAUGAUUUGCCGGAAGAUGCUAGAGAUCCUUGGGGCGAUGAUGCUACUAGUAGUUUAGACAGAGACAUAAGUGGUCUUAACUUUGACAGAGGCAUGGGUGGAAAUGAUCGUGGUAAUGAAAGAGGUUUAGGAGGCAAAGAAAGAGGACUCAUGAGUAGUGACAGAAGUCUUUUGGGUAAUGAUAGAGGUCUUUUGAACAAUGACCGAGGUAUGAACGACAGGUGGAGUUUUGGAGGCAAUAAUAAUAAUUCUUCGCAAAAUAAUUGGUCACUUGGCGGACCAAUUAAUCAGAAUCCUUCCUGGCAAUCCAACUUAGGAAACAACAAUCCUGGCAAUAAUUCUCGCUGGAGUGGGCCGAAUUCAAACAUGAAUAUGCCUCAAGUACCUGGUAAUAUGUCAGGUAAUUGGUCAUCAGGCAGCACUUGGCGUCCAAUUGGAAACAACAUGUCCAGCGGAUUCCCGUCUCGUCCUUUCAAUACUUUCAAAUAAAUUUUAAAAUAAGCUCAUUUAUCAUACUGCUCUAGCUUUGAUGCAUUAAUUUAUCGAUAUUCAUUAUUUUUUUAUGAUUCGAUUUUGUGCCAAUUUUUUUUUCAUUCCUUCAAUGUCAAACUAGUAAAGUAAUUGAUAAUUUGUAGUUAUGUUGUCAUAUAUUGCAAUUGCACAUUUUUCUUAUUGAGUUAUUUUAUUCAUCAAAAAUAAAUAAGUCUUUCUUUUAUUUACUAGAUAGCUUAUAGAGUAAAUAAUAUACGUAUCAUAUUAAACACAAUAUAUUGAUAAUAAUUUUAUUUGAAUAAAGGUAAAUUUGCAACAAGCACUAUAAAAUGCGUUUUUAAAUUUAAUCUUUUAUAAAAAUAUAUAGUCAUCAAUAAAAAUACUAUAAUCCAAAA